CCAUAUUAACAAAUCGCGACAUGAGACCUGGCUUUGUUUCAAGUUCGCUCAACUUUUAACAUUUCCUUUGGGGGUUAUUGGCGCCAUGGCGAACACAUUGACUUCACGCGAUGAGCCCAAAGCGGCCGAAUAUGCUGGAGACGAAGUUUCUGCGCUGGUUCUCGACCCCGGCUUCUCCAGCGUACGCGCAGGUUUUGCAGGUGAAGACACUCCCAAAUCCAUCGUCCCUUCAUACUACGCAUCGACGGCAUCGGAACGACUCUUCGGCGACCAUGUCAUCGACCUACCACGAGAAGGAGUUGAGAUCAAGAACCCUAUGAACAAGGAUGGAAUUGUGGAAGAUUGGGACGCGGCCGAAGCCUUGUGGAAGUACACAUUCGCGCACAAACUCACCGGGGUGCGACCGAAUCGUGCGCUCCAAGAAUGGCUGAACGAUCCGAAGUCGGUUCCCGACCUGCACAAGGCCAUGGCCGAUGCGGUCGACACGGAACGCUGUCUAGAGGAUCACCCGCUGUUCAUGACCGAGCCGUCGUGGAAUCCCACCAAGUCGCGCGAGAAAUGUGUCGAGAUGGCGCUGGAGUCCUGGGGUUCGCCGGCGUUUUACCUGGGCAAGACGGGGGUGAUGGGCGCGUUCGCGGCGGGGCGACCGACGGCCCUGGUGAUUGAUUUCGGCGCGACGCAGGUCUCCGUCACUCCGGUCCACGACGGGAUGAUCCUGAAGAAGGGGUUGACGCGCGCCAACAUAGGUGGCAACUACCUCAGUCAGCAGGUACGGAACAUGUUGGCCAACAACGAGUCGGGAAGCAUCAGCAUCACACCGCACUACAUGGUGCAGUCCAAGCAGCCGGUGGACGCGGGCCAGGCGGCGAACACGAUCCUCAAGACAUUCCCCGAGGGGUUCCAACACCCCGACGCCAGUUUCCGACGGUACCAGGAGGACAAGGUCGUGCUGGAGUUCAAGGAGAUUGCUCUGCAGGCGUGGACCAACCCGAACAUGGCGUUCCGAGGGCAGGGCGAGGCGCUGGCGCGGGACAUGCAGUACGCGCAACCGUUCGAGUUCCCCGACGGCUACAAUCAGACCUUCUCGAGCGAGCGGUUCAGGAUCGUCGAGAGCAUGUUUGACGGCCAGUGCCAUUACCCUGCGGCGCCGGGCGACGCGUCGGCGCAGGCGUACCCGGCGCCCGAAGAGAAGCACACCAUCCCGGGACUGGUCAAGACGUGCCUGGGUCAGGUGGAUGUCGAUGUGCGACCGUUCCUGUUGUCCAACGUGGUGAUCACAGGGGCCGGGUCGUUGAUCCGCGGACUGCCGGACCGCAUGCAACAGGAGUUGAGCAAGAUGUACCCGAGUGCUCGGGUCAGGAUCCAGGCGUCGGGGAUGGCGGUGGAGAGGAAAUUUGGCAGUUGGAUCGGUGGGAGCAUCGUGGCCAGUCUCGGGACGUUUCAUCAAAUGUGGAUUUCGAAGAAGGAAUAUGAAGAACAUGGGCCGAGUAUUGUCGAAAAGCGGUGUAAAUGAGGCUAGCACGUUAUUGGUGAUUAUGAUGAUUAUGGCCCUGAUGGCGACGACGGCGCGUUUCAAUCUUUGCCUCUUUGAAAGGCCUGCCGACAAGGAAACUACCUGAAUUACGGGGUGUCAUUCGUACAGUAGUAGACUCUCAGCACUCCUACUGUCUACGUCGUGAACCCCCUUUUACGAGGACGGUGGGACUUUUGGGGGAAUAAAAAGGCCGGGAAGGUUGGGUAGGGCAGGGCAGCAAAUGCUUUUUUUUCUUUCCCUUUUAAAGGAGUUCGACCUGUGUGUUGCGGCUCUGAGAUACCUAGAACAGCUGGCAAGUGGGAAUCGUCGUGAACAAGAGGAAAGCGAAGACAAAAAAGAAAAAUGUAAUUAUCUGGUAGCGAGAUAGAUUUGAGUACUCCGCACAGAGUCCGCAAUAUCUCUACCGUACCUACUCG